AGCAGGCCCAGGCGAGGGCAGAGGGCAGCAGUGCUGUCAGCCAGGAGCUCGCCCAGAGAGCACAACCCGGAGUUGGGCUGCAGGGUGAGUUCAUCUGGAGCACUGAGAGACUGCCCGAGAGAGUGCGCUUUGGCUUUGGUUCCUCAGAGCUGAGGAGAUGCAGGGUUGCGGCCUACAGCACCAGCUGCAGCCAUCCCCUUUGCCUUCACCGUACUCACAGGAAGGCCAGAGCCAGAAAGGAUUCUGCACCUGGAACAGGACAAUGCUGGGCAUAUGUAUGGUCUGGGAGAAUAGCAGCUGCAGAAGAGCUCUGUGGAAAGGGAUCUGGUAGUUGUGGUUGGUUCUGGUGGUUCUGACACUCAGAGUCAGACACAGACACACACACGCCUGUGUCACACACACAGACACACAGACACACAAACACACGGCUGUGUCACACACACACACACACACACACACGCAGAGUAAUAAUAAUAAUAUAAUAAUAUUAGAGUAAUAAUUCCCUCUCGGGGUUGUCGAGGCACUAUAAAAGUUUGCCAAGCGAAGUUGUGGAUGCCCCGGUCUCUGGAAGCGUUCAAGGCCAGGCUGGAUGGAGCCCUGGGCAGGCUGACUCAGUGGGCGGUAUCCCAGCCCACAGCAGCACAGUUGGAGGUAAAAGUUCUUUAAUGUCUCUUCCUACCCAAGCCAUUCCAUGAUUCUAUGUUUCUAUGAUGUAAGCACUGGCCCCACCAGCCCUGGUGCAGUGCAUCACAAGAGGAGCGGCUCACGGGCAGCCUCCACCCGGCUUCACGGGGCCGUGAGGUCACAAUGCCCCGCUACAUGGCUGUGCAGAGCUGUGAUGUCACAAGGCCCAGCUGUGAUGCUGUCCCAUGGCACAGGCAUUGCUCGGCGCCUGACCCAACGGCAGCACUUGCUGUGGCUGCAGCGGUGGUGGUGGCAGCAUGGCACGAGUGUGGGGGGCCACGGCCCCUGCCCGCCUUGUCCUCCUCCUGCUACUGAUGUCCCUGCGUUCCUGGGAGAUUUGUGCUGCUCCGCUUCCAGUACAGGGAGCAGGUGAGUGGGCAGCGAUGGAUCCAAAGCUGAGCGGCGCGAGGGGCAAGAAGUCAGGCUGAGUUGCCAUGGCCCUACACCACCCUUCCCUGGGGCUACCUCCCAUGGUGGACGUUAGGCAGAGGGUGACAGGCAGCACCGCAGGAGCCAGCCAAGAGCCUGUGGCAGCGCUUGCUCCCCAGGGCUGGCUCCAACCAUGCCGGACCAUGACUCUGCUGCUUGCUGGCUGGAGCACGGCCUUCAUCCUGGGAGAUGCCCUGGGUGAGAGCUCACAAGAUGUGUGCUGGGAAAAGCAUGAGCAUUUCUGCUCCAGCCUGGUGGUACUCCCCAUAGACAAAUCCCGGUUUCCAACACAGAGCCCCCACCCACAGCCCAGAGGAAGAGGCAGGUGUGUUUUCCUCCAGUGCUUUGGUGUGACCUUCCUUUGUGUACACCAGAGGUGCCCCAGUAAGAAAGUCCCAAAGGGCUGAAUCUUCUUCUGUGUGGUCCAUAAGGGUUGUUGCACGUGGCGUGAAGAACGUAUCAUGUAAGCUGAUGGCAGUACAUGGCAGCCAAGAGGUCCUCCUGGCCACUCUGCUACUGUGCAAAUCAUGACCUGCGUCUUUCUCCCGCCCCAUUACCUGACCCACCUCCAGUUGCUAAGGGAGAAGAAUAUCACAACAUCCCCAGUAAUGGGAACUUCUCUAAUCAGUUCUUCUUGAUUCUAGAUGAUGACAUUGGUGCGCCCUAUUCAGAUGAUAGUCUGAAUCCAGGUUUUGUGCCUCGGGGUCAACCCAGAGGCCCUCUUGCUCAAUCCGCACAGCAGAGUCCUGUCCCUGAGCCUGGGGUGGACUCCAGAGGUGUGACUGGGAAUGAAGGUGCUCCAGCUUCCCCUCUGAGUUCCAGGACUGAAACUCCGGCAGAUCACAUGGAAGUGCCCCCAGGGAGGGCCUUGCUGGUUUCUCGGCUCCUUCCUGCGAUGGAGACCAGUUGGAAUCCCAUGGGUCCGCAAAGAGGAAACAGAGGAAAGGAUACAUCUAGAAGAGGGAAGUACUCACAGAGGUCAUCCCAUAUCCUAAAGGAACUCCUGAAGAAAAUGGAGAUGGCAGCGUAUGGUGGGACUAAAGGGACUGACCAAGAGACUGUGCAGAAGGAGCCAUUGCAGGAAAGCAGCAGUGACACACGGCCAGUCUCUGACAGAAAAACACAGGCAGAACAAGCAGCUGGAUUGCCAGGGGUGGAUGUUGGGAAAAUCACAACGGCCGCUGUUGGCGAAGAGCUGCGAAAACACCACAUCCCAGUGAUUGCUGUGGUCUCCGCUGUGCUGCUGUCCGUGCUGAUGCUGGCCUGUGUUCCUAUGCUGUGGAUGUGGAAAAAAUAUCUGGCACGCAAGACAGAGCGGACAGCUGCAAGACAAGCUCAUCCUGAAACUGACUGGGAGAGAGAUCAAAACAGAGAUGAAGGCAGAGCGGAGCUGGGGGAGGCUGCAAAGGAGGAUGUCCUCAACCAAGGAAAAAUCAUCUCCAGGGCAUUCUCCUGGUCCUUUGAAGCAAAAUUUGCCUACCUGUGCAGCAGAAUCUUCACAGACCCCUCCCUUCAGCCCAUGCAUCGCAGAAGUGCUCCCAUUAAUCCCAUCUCUUCCUUGAAUACCUGUACCUCUCAGGAUUCCCCUGAGCCAUCCAGUGCCCCUGUUACCGGUGCCAAGAAGGCUCGGGUUCAUUGAAAGGUCCCACUUUGUGAUCAAUAAACACAUUCCAUUCAAAA